ACCUAGAAUUCAUUUCAACACUCUCUUCAGUCGCUUCAGUCUCUCCAUCUGGUUAGGUUGAGCCGUUGAGAUUGAGAUGUUGAAGGAGGAGCAGCUUGAUCUGGAUCUUCCUGAAGAAGUGGUAGUCAACAUCCUCUGCCGGUUGCCGGUCAAGUCCUUGAUACGCUUCACUUGUGUCUCAAAACGGUGGCGUUCUCUUAUAAUUUCCGACCACCUAUUUGGCAACUCCCAUUUUCAGCUGGCAUCUCACCUCCGUCGAAAUGUCCUCCUCGCCACCAACCCUACCUUGGUUGAAGAAGGUACACCUGGUACACCUUCUAUGGAACCGUUACCCACUCGAUUUCAAUCUCUAGCAGAUAGGUUCCCAAUCAGGGAACUCACCUGCCCAUCCGAGCUCAAGAGCAACAUUGUAGUAUUGGGCUCCUGCAAUGGCUUGGUAGUUUCAGGCAAGUUCCAAUAUUCCAUUGUACCUCAAGGCCGAUUAUACUGUGAUUUUCUUAUAAGUUUGGUAAUCUGGAACCCGUCUAGUGGAUUCUUUCGAAAAAUACCUAGUCCAAGUUUUCUGAUUGGGAUGGAAAAAUUGGCAUAUGAAAAACAGAUUAGGUUUGUGAAUCGUGUAUAUUAUGGUUUUGGUCAAGUGUCGACCUCCGAUGACUACAAACUUGUGGUGAUACCCAAAAUUGGUGAUUUAAUGGAAGUGCAUGUGUUCUCAGUCAAAGCUAACUCUUGGAAAGUUGUUAAAACUCCUUGUGGCCAUACCCCCUCUGGUCUAAAGAACGGGGGACACAUUCGAAUGGAGCAAUUCAUUGGGUCAGUCAACACGAACCAGUGAUUUUUGAGCCACCUGUCAAUGUUUUUUAUGCUUUUGAUCUGGCAAGUGAGGAGUUUCGGGAAAUCCCGUUGCCAGUUCUUGUCCAUAAUGAAUAUAGUCUGAGACUGAGAAUGACGCUAGUAAGAACUCCUGUUCUUUUAGGAGGAUGUCUCUGUGUGAUGUUUAGGGAUUAUGAUGAGUAUCAUGAAAUUUGGGUGAUGAAAGAGUAUGGGGUGCAUGAAUCUUGGGUUAAACUCUUCAGGUUUAGAGCACAUGAUUCAACAUAUCACUGGAAUCCUAUUUUCAUUGCAGAAGAUGGUACAGUUGUGAUCAGCGUGCCUCGGGCGAUGGAGGUGGUCAGGAUUAAAUGCCGUAAGGAUGAGGAGCCAGUCUGCACGGACCGUUACAGUCUUGAGAAGGUACCCGGGUGGAAGUAUUUACUUGAUGCCAUUUUGUAUGAUGAAACUCUAGUUUCGGUGCCUGAAUGAUUUUGGUGAUUCAUGUGGCUUGAGACCCAACUAACAAGAAAGAACAGAAAUGAAGUGGGAUUUCUACGUGCAUUAUCUUGCUUGCUGGUUUAUGUAAUUUGGAUUCUCCACCGUUUGUGUUUAUGGAGUAUGUUUCUCUGUUUUAGUCCAUUGAGCUAUGCCUUUUGAUGUGUGUAAUUGAAGGGCUAGAAACUAUGAAGUAUGAACUAUUACUGCUAUUGUUGCUGCAUGAAGGAACUUGUUUUAUGAGGAAUUCUUGCUUAUCACCCCAUAUGAGAUAUGCAGCAUAAGGGAUUAUUAUUAUUUUUUUCUG